AUUGGCUGAGUGGACCUCGACGUCAGAAUCUCCGCCACUGCUUUACUGUGUAUGCUAUAGUGUGAGUUUAUCAGUGACUAAAAAUGUGAUUAUUUUAAACACGACCAGUGCAGUCGAGUAUCUCAUUUACCCUGGACAUAAUUCACCAUGGUAAAUCUGUCAGGCGCCGCGCUCAGACACCUAAAGCUGCUGAUGUUGUUUAUCUCUUCCGCGUUGGCGACUCUGCAGGUGCUUGUCAUCACCAGAGUCUCCUACAGCUUUCUUUCACCGGAGACUCACCGCGCACACAGCGAUGUCAUUGCUGGACUCCGAUGACAGCUACGAUCUAGUCUUCAAAAUAGUUCUGGUCGGAGAUGUCGGCGUCGGUAAAACUUGUGUGGUGCAGCGGUUCAAAACCGGCAUAUUCAUCGAAAAACAAGGCAACACCAUCGGCGUGGACUUCACCAUGAAAACACUGGAGAUACACGGCAAAAGGGUUAAGUUACAGAUUUGGGACACAGCCGGACAGGAGCGGUUUCGCACCAUCACUCAGAGUUACUACCGCAGCGCUAACGGAGCCAUCAUCACAUAUGACAUCACCAAGAAAGCCACGUUUCUGUCUGUGCCCAAGUGGAUGGAGGAUGUGAAGAAAUACGGCGGCUCCAACAUCGUUCCUCUUUUAAUCGGUAAUAAAUGCGACCUGUCGGAGUCUCGCGAGGUGCCGCUGGAGGACGCGCAGACCAUGGCUCAUCAGCUGGAUUUCGUGAGCGCCAUCGAGACAUCAGCCAAAGACUCUAGUAAUGUGGACGAGGCCUUCAACAAAAUGGCCAGCGAGCUCAUUCUCCGGCACGGCGGGCCCAUGUUCACCGAAAACGUGACCGACAGCUUUAAACUGACAGGCAAGGAUGUGGCCGGCGAGGGCUGGGGCUGCGGCUGCUGAUGACCGGCUUCAGAAAGCAAUAACAGCUCGAGUUCUUCAGCACAGAUCAACCCUGUUUACAUGGACACCAAUACUGUGAUUUAAAUAGGAUUAAGACAAUACUCUGAUCAAGAGUCCACCGUGUAAACAGAUGACCUAACGCAGGGGUGCCCAAACCUUUUCUUAUGAAGGGCCACAAAUUAAACUUGAUUGAGGAUAGUGGGCUGAAGCUGAAUAUAGUUGCUCUGGGUAAUUAUUUAAUUAUAUUAAACAUAACUAGAAAACAUUUCAGUAUAUUAACUGAUGCAGUCUUUGUUUUUAAAUAUAUUUUUUACAGUAAAAACUAAAUCUCAUUGAUGACAGACUGGAGUAAAACUAGUUUUUGCCUUAAUUUGCUCUCGGAAAAAUCUGAUCUUAACAUUUAAUUGAAACAUUCCAGUUCAGUUUGCUUUGUUUGUAGCUCAGAAAUAAAUAAACAAACAAAAAAAGGCCACGCCAAAUGCGAAAUGGCCCCCAGCCCUCUCCAUCCUUCUCAGUCUCUUCUCAGAUAGGAUGGUUGGCCAAAUCACAGGUUAAAAUAGGCCAACUUUUGCCCCCGGGCCCUAGUUUGAGCAUCUCUGGACUAAAGUUAUAAAGAAAGUAAACUAAAAGUGAAUGAAGACGUGUGGAGUCUUCCUGGUCCAGUACAGACAUGGAAACACCACAAUCAAACUAUUACCGUCAUGCAAGACUUUUCCCUAUAUUUUGUGACGCGUCCAGUUGUCCGGCAUUCGACCACAAAUGAAAACGGCUUUUGGGUGCAAUGCUGAGAAUUCUGGGAGAAACGGACAUCAUGAAGAGCCUCGAGUCUGAAUGAAUGAAGGGUCAGCGGUGGCCUGUUGCUGGAGAAUGUGUAUCCACCCUCAUCUCUUUGCAGGCGUAGUGUGAGAAAUGAACUGCAGUUCGACUUUCAGUCGCAAAAUUAUAAAUUAAAACACCCAAAAUCAACGAUAGUGCCAUCAUGAUGAACAUUAAACGCUGGAGGAAACUAGCGUUGGUGACAUAAUGAUAAUAAUGCAUUAGAGUUGCACGCUUUACCAGUAGUCUGGUAGUAUCGCGAUACUAUGGCUUCAAAAUAUUGGCAGUGCCACUGUAGUUUAUAAACGGUCAUAUCGUCAUUAUCUACAAUAGAUAAAGUUUGAUGUGGAAAAUUCACUAAAAUGCUCAAACGUUUGUGCAACAAGGCACUAUUUUAUUUGAAUAGUUUGUGAAGCUCUUUAAGGUUAUACAUUUUCUGAUGUUUUCUGACGUUUCAAACUCACAUCUGAAUCAAUUAAUUCUGUUCCUCUCAUUAAGAUUUAGAAGCUACAACAACCGUGACGAUCUCUUAAAAAGAGCGACUAGCAAAGUGAAAUCUGAAUUACUUUGGAUGGUUGCCUGAUAAGACUGAAAAAAACAACAAUAGAUGGAAAAACCCAAAACAGCAACUAAUUCUGACCACUUCAUAUCGCCUAUAUUGUUGGAAAAAAGCUAUUUUUGUAACAAUUUUGAUUUGAUAAUUUUUAUUUGUAUUUUUUUUUGGUCAGAUAUCUACAAAAUAAACAAAAAUAAUGAAUAUUAGAUGAAGUGACAUGCAAAAAAUACUGUUUUUUCAAUAAUAAGGGAAUUCUGAAUUAAAUUCACCGAUUAUUACCUUUUAUAACAUGUAAAACUGCAUUUCUGACCAUUUCCUUUAUCAUUUGAGUUAUGAAUUAUUGUUAUCAUGACACUUCAGCUGGUUUAGUAUCGUAAGAUACCCUACUAUGCACUUUAAGAUGUAAAACAGGAUCAUGACAGGAGCACUGAACAGCAGCUCAUGUAAAGUCCUCCAUCAUAUUAUUGUCUUAUUCAGAUUGAGGUAAAUCAAUAAUCACUGAUGUCCAUGUAAACAGAGUCACUGAGGGUGUUCCUGCAUCCAGUAGCUUAUAGAAGACUCCUGGAGCCACCCGGAACAGUGUGAAAUCUUGGGCUAGAGACUAUAUUUAAAUGCCAAAACUGUCACGCAUUGUGUAAAUCACAGCCAAUCCAAAUUUAUGUCCAGCCGUUCUCAUUAAUCACUUUCAUCCAAAGCCAAUUUUUUAAUCUAAUGUAACUCUUAUAAUAGUAUUUUAAAUAUGAUGAACAGCUCGGGUAGCUGGCGUGGUGGACAAAUAACAGCGCAUGGUGAUGGUGACUCAACCACAGCCAAUCAGAACACACUUGCAGUAAUGUGUAGCAAGACUUUAGACCAAUGAGAUUUCAUGAGCGGGGCUUCUUAGUGCAGUGCCGGGGUAAUGGUAGCCGAGCUGUUGAGGUCACACACUUAGAAGAUCUUACUGUAUGCGUUAAAUCUAUCCAGGAUGUAUAUUUAUGUAGUGUUUUUAAUGAUGUAAACAAGGCUGUGAGAGAUAUUUCUCAACAUUAGUUCAUCUGUGUGAUGGACACAGCAGUGAACCACACUGAGCUCUCGCUUUCUCAACUCUUAUUUAAGCGUCUUUCUUGAGACAGAAACGUGCAAUAACACGAUCUCCAAGUUGCAUCCACCGAACCCGGCUCAGAUCAGACGAUCAUCACAGACAAAACAUGUCAAUUCUUUGUAGCAACAUGCUAAUCCAUGUGCUGAAACAUGCUCGCAACGUACUGAGCCAUGUUAGCCACAUUAAAGCAGAACAGAAACAUGUUGGUAAACAUGCAGCCGUCUGUUGACAAUGUUAGAAAAGUGUUAGCAUUAUGCUAGGCUUGCAUUAAAGCAUGCUAGAAACAUGUCAGUUGAUGAUAGCAGAAAGAUGCUAGGUUUUAAAACAUUAGAAAUGGGCUAGCAACAUUUUAUUACCUGUUUGAUUUUAAAAACAUGCUUGAAGCUGGUUAAAUCAUGCUUCCAGCAUCUCAAACAAGCUAGCAUCAUGCUAAUUUAACAUGUUAGCAACACAACAAGUAAUAUUAGCCACAUUAAACAAAUAAGAAUGGUUAGAAACAUGUUCUUUGUGUUAGAAAUAUGCUAACCAUGUUAGCUAGAAACAUGCAAACAUGCUAGGUGAUGCUAGCAGUGUCUGUUAGAAGCAUGCUAACCUAGUUUUAAAACUUGCUAGCAACAUUUUCUUUCAUGUUAAAUUCGUUUGAACAUGUAAAACAUGCUAACAUCAUAAUUCGCUGACUUGUUAGCAACACAAGAGAUCAUGCUAGCCACAAACAAAUUAGAAUAGAAACAUGUUAACAAACAUGCUCUUCAUGUUAGCAACCAUGUUAGCUAGAAACAUGCAAAACAUGUCAGUUCAUGCUAGCUAGUUCAGCAUUAGAACAUGCUAACCUGGUUUUAAACCAGGUUAGAAAUGCGCUAGCAAUUGUUUCUAAUGUUGAACAUGAAAUAAACAUGUUAGCAUCAUGCUAAUACAUGUUAGGCAUGUGCUGAGAAAUGCUAAUAGCAUUGUAUUGACUUCAGCUUUAUCCAAGCUCAACCGCCACGAUUAUAAUCCUCCUGAUCACUAUUUCCAGAGCUUUUGUACAGCGGCUCACCAGCUUUUAGAUAUUCCAGUCAACAUUACUGAUGCUGAAGUUUGUUGAGCAGGGGUGUCCAAGCUCAGUCCUGCAGAGUUUAGCUCCAACGUCCUUCAACACACCUGCCCGGAAGUUUCUAGUACACCUGCAAAGAGCUUGACCAGCUGUUCAGGAGGGUUUCAUUGGGGUUGGAACUGUAAUAUGCAGGACACCGACCCUCCAGGACUGAGUUUGGACACCCCUGAUGUAGACAAAUCACUUCCAUGACAGAACAUGCAGUUAGAGCUGGUUUAUCUGAUGCUGAUUUGAGCAGUCAUGAUCCGUAAGACGUCUGUUUGCUUUUAGCGUUUCGAUUAUUACUGUGGUAAAUGACCUGCAGUUUUCCUCUCAUCAUCAGAUUAUAUCCUGCAUCAUGUGUGUUUAUAAUCUGGCCAGUUUAAAAGCAAAGUAGACUGUUUUCCUCUAUUGAAUUGGCAUUUUAAUACAGAUGGGCAUUGAUAUUUUAUAUUGCAUUCAUUUAAACACACCGCGAGGCCUCGUUAAAUUAUAUUAGUAAUUAAACUAUUAUUAUUUUAGAUGCUAACUAGUUUUAUAAUAUUGCACCAUGUUUAAUUCGUGACAAGAUUGCGCUGAAUUGGGGAAGCCGCAUACGUUUCAUCUCAGUCAGAGUCAGCAGAGCCAUUGUAAAUGAAAUAGCCUAUAUUUAUAUUCCUCUGCAAUAUCCUGUUACGUAUCCUCAGAGCACAUUUUGGUACUUCUCAUAUAUCCUUGAUUAAUAUAAUAGUGUUUAAAUCAAGAAGUAAAAUCAAGCUUUUACAUCAAGAGGUGGUGGCAGACUGUGAGAGUGUAAAGUGCUGGGCUUCAUGUGCUGUAGCGUGAGCGUGAAUGAGGGCAGUGUUUGCAGUGCAGUCGUGUCUGAUGUACUUGUAGGUGAAUCAGACUGCGGGAGGGUUCUUGCCAGAUUAUAUAGUGCCUUUAAAAACAGCUGUAAUGUUGCUGUGGUUGUGUUUUUGUAAUAUUACUAUGCAUUUUGAUGUUUUUAAAUCACGAUGUUUUAAUGGACAGGUUUUUUAAUGUUUUGACAGACAUGAUCGAUUUGUAUUCUGUGUUAAAUUGUUAUUCAGUUAUUUUAUCAAUAAAGCAUUCACGACAUGA